GCGGCUCCCGCCGCCGGCCGCCAGGGGGCAGCAGCGCGGCGCCUCCCGCCCCGGCCGAGCUGCUUCCGGCCCACGUGGGGCGCGCGGGCACAUGGCGGCGGGCAUGGCGCCGGACGGGGACGUGCAGCGGCUGCUGAUCCAGUUCCGCGAUGAGGCGGGGGAGUCCCUGGGCUCCCCUUUCGACGUCCCGGUCACCAUCACCCCGGACAAGCUGCAGCUGGUCUGCAACGCCCUCCUGCAGAAGGAUGAGCCAGUGCCUCUGGCCUUCUUUGUCCAUGAUGCCGAGAUCGUGGCGUCACUGGAGAAGACCCUGGCGGGGCAGACGGUGGAGACGGAGAAGGUUCUGGACAUCAUCUACCAGCCGCAGGCGGUGUUCAGGGUGCGGGCAGUGACCCGCUGCACCAGCUCCCUGGAGGGACACACCGAGGCCGUCAUCUCCGUGGCCUUCAGCCCCACGGGAAAGUACCUGGCGAGCGGCUCCGGAGACACCACUGUCCGCUUCUGGGACCUCAGCACGGAGACGCCGCAGUUCACGGCCAAAGGUCACCGGCACUGGGUGCUCAGCAUCGCCUGGUCGCCCGACGGCAAGAAGCUGGCCUCGGGCUGCAAGAACAGCCAGAUAUUUCUCUGGGACCCAGCCACCGGCAAUCAGAUCGGCCGGGUGCUCACCGGCCACUCCAAAUGGAUCACGUGUCUGUGCUGGGAACCGCUCCACAUAAACCCAGAGUGCCGCUACCUGGCAAGUGCCUCCAAGGAUGGCAGCAUCCGCAUCUGGGACACGCUGAUGGGCAGGUGUGACAAAAUCCUCACGAGCCACACGCAGUCCGUGACGUGUGUGAAGUGGGGGGGCGAUGGCUUGCUCUACUCCUCCUCCCAGGACAGGACCAUCAAAGUCUGGAGGAGCCAGGACGGGGUCCUCUGCCGCACCUUGCAGGGCCAUGCUCACUGGGUGAACACCAUGGCCCUUAGCACUGACUACGUUCUCCGCACUGGUGCCUUUGAACCUGCUGAGGCCACCAUCAACCCACAGGAUGUAAGCGGCUCCCUGGCAGAACUGAAGGACAAGGCACAGCAGAGGUAUGACCAAGUCCGGGGCCAGGAACCCGAAAGGCUCGUCUCAGGGUCAGAUGAUUUCACGCUGUUUCUUUGGAGACCAGCAGAAGACAAGAAGCCGCUGGAGAGAAUGACAGGCCACCAGGCAUUGAUUAACCAAGUCCUCUUCUCGCCAGACACCCGGAUAAUAGCUAGUGCUUCCUUUGACAAGUCCAUAAAGCUCUGGGAUGGUAGGACAGGAAAGUACCUGACAUCGCUGAGAGGGCACGUCUCAGCUGUGUAUCAGAUUGCCUGGUCAGCCGACAGCCGCUUGCUGGUGAGUGGGAGCAGUGACAGCACGCUGAAGGUCUGGGAUGCCAAGAUGAAGAAACUGGCCAUUGAUCUUCCUGGCCAUGCAGACGAGGUGUAUGCAACAGAUUGGAGCCCGGAUGGACAGAGGGUAGCGAGUGGAGGGAAGGAUAAGUGUUUGCGGAUGACAGGAACCGUUGCUGUCCCCUGGGGGAUGACUAGAAAGCAGAGUCCCUCCAGCUGAGCAGUCAGUGGUGAAAUUUGACUCAGAUGUUUUGGCUCCUGGAGAGGGGAACAAACAGUUGCACCAGUCAGUCAGACCCUUCCUUUCUCACCUUCCUCCAUCUCCCAGUUAUGCAGACAGACAAAUUCCCGUGAGCCGGUUGCCAUUUGACCACAGCUGAUGAAGGAACCCGGUCCUGAGGACCCCCCGUGCUGCUCUUGUACGGUGCCUGCUGGGCCGUGUGGCAGCGCUGGUGCUGGGUCCCAGGGACGCAGCAGCUCUUUCCAUUUGCAGAUGGCGUCGAUAGGAACAGCGACGAGAAGCUGCUGGUCCUGUCCUAAGCUGGCCCGCCCUCGGUGCGAUCUGCCUGGGAGAUCUGCGAGGUGAUGGAUGACGGAGGCUGACCCGAGCACGACUCCCUGUUCCUGUUGGCUGCUCUCCCUCAUGGACUCUUUCCUUAUAUUUAUUUAAGGAAAUUUUAAUUCCAGUUCUUAUUAAGAGCUGUGCUUUGCAGGAUGAUUUCCUCUGAACAUUACAGGAGGGAUAUCUCAUCUGC